GCAGCUUGCGUUGUUAUCAGCAACAGCGGCAGCAGCUCUGCCGUACAGGGUAGCCCCAAAAUCAUCGCCCCGACUGGACGACGGCCCGCGGCGGCAGUAGCGAGAGCGAGCGUGCUAGCACACUACUACCACUCUACCAGCACGCACGCAGCACGCAAGGAUCUGCAGCACUGAAGCUGUGUGUGUGUGUGUGUAUACGCGUGUGUUUGCCGCACGCGUAAGUGUGGUAGUGGCGACAGUGUUUCGUUCACAGAUAAAGGAGUGCCCUGCAAUUUAGAGGAAAUUCACAGCAAUUCGCGAUAACGUGAUAGAGUGAACACAAAAGAGGGAUUUGUCGGUGAGUGACAGUGCGUUCAUGUGUGUGUAUGUGAAUCUGCCCCCCAUUCAUCACGCCAUGUCCAGCUAACUGAGUAAAGUACACCGCGUAGGUGCCUUCCCUUCAUCUCCCUCUUCCCAUCCAUCUCUACUGGCAGUGGGUGAGGAAAGGCGUUUCCUCGUUGUGGUAUUUUCCUUACCCCAACCCAACCCAUCCCACCACAUCCACACCUCUAUCUCUCUCUCCAACGUCACACACACUCGUACACGUUCGGGAGUGCACACGCACUCGCGUGUUAGUGCGAUACCUGGUGCGAUUCGGUAAUGUCGCACGGCGAUCCUUUCCGCGAAUAGCCGUAGUCGUCCUCGUCGUCGUUCCAGAGCGUGUGAAACACCUGGUGGAGGUGGUGCUGCAGUGUGUAGAAGGUACUGCUAGCUGCUCUGGCACGCCAGUAACUCGUUGGAAAGUUGAGGCGCUGGGGUACAGCAGCACACGAGCGGUGAGGCGUUGGCCCUCGUGACGUGGCGUGACGUUGUGCAGUAAUCGGAAGAAACGGGUAUCACAUUGCGGGCAAGAUGCGUCCGAGUGUGCUAAUCCUGUCGGUGCUGUUAGCGCUGCAGCAGUAUCUAGGGAUGGUGUCAUGUUCGGAGGACGAGGAGCGGCUGGUGCGUGACCUGUUUCGUGGUUACAACAAGCUCAUUCGCCCGGUACAAAACAUGACACAGAAGGUGGACGUGCGGUUCGGACUCGCCUUCGUGCAGCUGAUUAACGUGAACGAGAAGAAUCAGAUUAUGAAAUCGAACGUGUGGUUGCGGUUGGUGUGGAGCGACUACCAGCUGCAGUGGGACGAGGCUGAUUACGGCGGCAUCGGGGUACUGCGGCUGCCCCCAGACAAGGUCUGGAAGCCGGACAUUGUGCUGUUCAACAAUGCCGAUGGUAACUACGAGGUGCGCUACAAAUCAAACGUGCUGAUCUACCCGAACGGUGAGGUACUGUGGGUACCGCCCGCCAUCUAUCAAAGCUCCUGCACGAUCGACGUCACCUACUUCCCGUUCGACCAGCAGACCUGCAUCAUGAAGUUCGGUUCGUGGACGUUCAACGGUGAUCAGGUGUCGCUAGCCCUCUACAACAACAAGAACUUCGUCGACCUGUCCGACUACUGGAAGUCGGGCACGUGGGACAUCAUCGAAGUGCCCGCCUACCUCAACGUGUACGAGGGCAACCCGACCGAGACGGACAUCACGUUUUACAUCAUUAUCCGGCGCAAGACGCUCUUCUACACGGUCAACUUGAUACUGCCCACCGUGCUGAUCUCGUUCUUGUGCGUGCUCGUCUUCUACCUGCCUGCCGAGGCGGGUGAAAAGGUGACGCUCGGCAUCAGCAUUCUCCUGUCACUGGUUGUGUUUCUGUUGCUGGUGUCGAAAAUUUUGCCACCCACCUCGCUGGUGCUGCCACUGAUCGCCAAGUAUCUGCUAUUCACCUUCAUCAUGAACACGGUCUCGAUCCUGGUGACGGUGAUCAUCAUCAACUGGAACUUCCGCGGUCCGCGCACGCACCGGAUGCCGAUGUGGAUCCGGUCCGUCUUUCUGCACUAUCUGCCCGCGAUGCUGCUGAUGAAGCGCCCGCGCAAGACGCGCCUGCGCUGGAUGAUGGAGAUGCCGGGCAUGAGUGUGCCGCCGCAGCCGCACACCCACCCGUCGUAUGGGUCGCCCGCCGAGAUACCGAAGCACAUUAGUGCGCUCGGCGCGAAGCAGUCGAAGAUGGAGGUGAUGGAGCUGUCCGAUCUGCACCAUCCGAACUGCAAGAUGAACCGGAAGCUGAACAGUGGCGAUCUCGGAAUCGGCGCGGAUAGCUGCCGCCGGGAGAGCGAAAGCUCUGACUCAAUCUUGCUGUCGCCCGAGGCUAGCAAGGCGACCGAGGCUGUCGAGUUCAUAGCCGAGCAUCUGCGCAACGAAGAUCUGUACAUUCAGACACGGGAGGAUUGGAAGUACGUCGCGAUGGUGAUCGAUCGGUUGCAGCUUUACAUUUUCUUCAUCGUCACCACGGCCGGCACGGUCGGUAUACUGAUGGAUGCGCCGCACAUCUUCGAGUACGUCGAUCAGGACCGCAUCAUCGAGAUCUACCGUGGCAAAUAAAGGACAGGGGCAAGCAUCCAACACCCACACAAAUGCACAUACACACACACACACAUACAGACACGCAUAGAACACUUACAACUGUAACCUCCAAGUGCACAAUGUGGCAUGGCUGAAGCGAAGAAGCGCUGUUGGCCGCGCUUCCGGCUCGAGAGUGGUCUCGAAUGCGGUACCCUCCCUUUCAGCAAUAGUUCAUUAUUUAGGGUGAGUCAUAUACCCGUCCGCACAAUCCUCGAUCAAACAGCACUCCAUCGGAUGGCAGGCCCACGUUCAACUACUUCGCUAUUUCGGACAGAUAGUCAUCGGUCCAGUGCCUGAUAAGUAUAUAAGGUGAGGCACGGUUCCCGCAUAGAAAAGCAAGAAGAAGGAAAAAAACAACAAUCGCAAUGCAUUUUGUCAGGUUCGUUAAAUAGUUGCCUAGACACCGUUUACCCCAUUAAUUGCCAGUAAGGAAGACAUAAGCAAGAGAGCGACGAAGAGAAAUAUAGAGCGAGAGAGAGAUCGAGAGAGAUAGAGAGCGAGAGAGAAAAAGAGAGAGCGAGAGAGAGAGAGAAAGAGAGAGAUAACGAAUGAGAGCCGGUCAACACUGGUACCACCAUAGCCAAUACACAUCAGCGUUACGCCAGCCAUACGUUAAGUUUCUGUAGAUACUACCUUAUCGGUUAAUUGCAAUAACCAACAUGCGGGUAAUUGGGGAAGCAAUAGUACUCGCCAUCUCGUUGCUGCUAGACAGUGUGCUGCCUGUCCAAACGUUGCUUACCGUCGAAUUGAAGCAAUUCUUGUACUUGUUUUAUGUGACAGAUAGAGAGAAGAGGAAAACUCGAAAAAGAGAAAAAAGAGAUAAAUAGAACGAGAGAGAAAAAGAGAGGAGGAGGGAGAAGCAGAAUAAGUUAAGAAACGCUGCACAACCAUUAUAGCAAACAAUAAGAAAGGAACUUUUACAGUCAUAAGCAGCAGCAGCCACACACAUGUUCAUCCAACAGCAUUAACCCUACACUUUACACAGUUACACGAUCGCACAUACACAUGUAGUGUUUGUUGUACAGCUUGGCGUAAAAUAGCGUCUGCGGGUUUUCUAAUCAACCACUAACGACAAAGGGCAGUCGUCAAAUUGGUAUAACACUCUGCCAAAAACGCCAAUAUGUAGCUCAUACGAGUAAGAGAGAGAUAGUUAAAUAGAGAAAGGAAGAGAGAGGAGCAAGAAAGAGAGGGAGAGAGAAAGAGAGAGAGGGGUAAAGUGAAAGAGGAGAGAAGAGAAAGAGAGAUUAAUGAAGGGGACAACAAUGCUCCAACCAGAGUAUUAAAGGGGGAAGCAAUUUGCCAAGGUCGUUGACUGUUAAUUUUUUUAUAUCGAAUAAUCUUUAAGUAGCUCAAUAUUACCUAUUCGUUAAUGUACGAUUCAACGGAGGGAAGAAAUGGGGAUACACCUAUAAGGAGAGUAGCAAAACUAUAACUAUUCGAAUGUUGGCACGUUUAAUUCAAGAAAGCGCAAGGAAACUGGAAAGCGAGGCAGAGCGAAAACGCGAUAAGCUAAACCAAAAGGCAAUACGUGUUUCGCGAAAAAUAGCAGGAUUCCCCUUUUCCCCUGUAACUCUUCAAUGAUGCGGAGCUGUACCCACAUUGAGGGUAAAUGGAAGAAACGAGUAAAAGCUAGUCAACUGCAAUUUCUAUAAAACAAAACAAACUAACAAAAAAACGUCGUGUUUAAACCGAUAAGUUGGAUAACAAUAACAAAACAAACAAAAAAACAAACAAAAGACUAUUUAAUGUGUGUGUGUGUGUGUCUUGUUUUCUGUGACGCCCGUGGCACCGAUGGCAUUAUUAGCAAAACGGCAACAUGUGGCCGGAAGGAGGAAUAGAGGACAAGAAGAAAUAUGUUGUGUGUCCACGGGACAUAACAAGAAAGAGCUUUGUUUCCGAUGUUAAUAAUAGUAACAAGCAAGGAUGCUUAGUUUUGUUCUUUUUAUAUAUCUGUCAUGUUGUUCGAAGUUAGCGAAUAGAUGGAGAAAAGGAGAGAGCGUGUGGAGAAUACUAAAAAAAACACUAUCCUAUCAGUUGAACUACUAACCUAUAAGCAAUUGUAUCUAAUUAAACAAAAGCAAAGACACGCACAGAAACAAAUUUGUAAGUUAACCUGUCUACUGUGUACGGGAAACCGACUCACGAGACAAAAAACAACAACAACAACAAAAACACACACAAAAGAGUAUUUUAUUAUCGUCUAUACAUCCCUAGUACAUUUUCAACUAACGUUUAUGUGCGAAACGAAAAGCAUAACAUUAUCGUAAACCAAACACUAGAGUGGAGGUGCCCAGACAACGCAGAUCGGAAAGCAAAACAUGUAAGCAAAUAAGAACAAACAACCUACAAACCACACAUAUACAACUGCAAACGGAAAGCAAAUUACACUGCAUUACUCAUUACGCGUAUUACGUAUACAUCAAACCAAAACCCUUAUACGAACAGCAACUUAUAACAUAACAUAGGACCCUUAUAAAAUAGCAAUGCAUUACGUCGUAACCGGAAAUAACUGAGGAAGGAAAAUUGUAAAACCGUGUGUAUGGCAGAGAAAAAGAUGAAAGAGAAGCCGUAUAAAGAUGAUGCCGAAGCAAGUACCAGUUCUUCGGAACAAAAUCCUAGGGUAAUAUUGCAUGAAUGUUUUCUAUAACCUAACAAACAAACAAAAAAACCGAACAAAUAAAUAAAACAAAACAUUAAAGAAAAAAACACACACAAAAAAUACGCUAAACCUUGGUAAGGGUGUGAGCAAAAUAGAGGAAAAAAAGAAGAACAUAAUUCACAAACUACAACAAAAGUUGAAAAUAAGAUAAUGAAGCUCCAACAUUCGAACAACAUCCAUUGUUUUGGUUUGUGCACUAACAAUGAGCGCAAAAAAGCAAAACAAAAACAAAAGAGUUUGACAGAACACAAACCCGAACACAAAUAUGCACCCAAAAACCUAUGACAUUUGCAAAAGAAAGCGCGUGAUAUACAAUUCACAAUAAUUUAGUAAAUAAUAGAGCAACGAGCGAAAGCGUGUAAAACGACGGAGCGUUACGUGUAAACUAUGUUAAGCAUUUCUGAAAAUGAACUAAACACAAAACACUAGAAUGCAUACCGGAAUGUGUAAUAGAAAGAACGUAAAAAAUAAAUCAAGUAUGGUACUAAAGAGAAAACUUAAGACAAAAUUGAAGACGGUCAAGCAAAAAUUAACAAACAAUCGAGCGGUUGAAAAACAACAUAGGGAACCGGAAACAACAGCAGCCAUAAAGCACAACGGUGCGGAGAGAAAAGAAAUCACAACACAGUGAAAUCGGUCAAAAAGUCUAGUGCGAAUUUACUCAAUAGUAAAAUUGAAAAUGUAAUUGUCAAAGCGAAACUUUGACACAGCGCGUUAGCUAAACAUAAUUAUUCUGAUACGGUGGAAAUUUGGAUGAAGCAUGUUUCAUUUUCGUUCUCGUACACGUUUAUGUCCAGGAACAGUAAGAGAUGAAAGUGGAAAUGAAGAUGAAGAAAAUGGCACUGAGUUUCUGUUUCUGCCUGCAACACGUUUUGUGUCCUGUGGUUCUUAACCAAUACUUCCAGCAGCUAUUAUGAAGCAAUCAAAAACCAGUAUGGCUUCACCGGUCGUAAUCUUCCUCCUACUCAUCGCAAACACGCUAGCAACAACAAACAAAAGCGAAAUAAGUAUUUCAAUAUGUAUGCCGGCCGGCACUGACACGUUUCUGCACAUUAAUCCAACAAAUUUGCUGACUUGGCCAACACACACACGCACACAUACUCGUGCACGAAACGUUGAAGAAAAAUAGAACAGAACAACAUCAAAAUUACAUUUACAAAAGUACGUAAUACAUUAAGCAAAUCCAGACAAGAGGAGCCACGACAAUUUGAUACUAUCCGAGGCAAUACAAUGAAAAUUACAUGGAUACAUUUGAAUGCACGAGUGAGCGUGUCUCCUCUCAGUGUGUGUGGAUGCGCCAUUUGUGUCAGUAAACAGAAGAAAAAAUCGAGAUAAGUCUUACAGCAAAAACAAACAAAACACACCACAACAAAACGAAAUCGACAUCCGUUUGCAGCCCUUAACCCCCGGGAAAAGCAGCACAGGUCAUUCGGUGCACGUUUGCAUAUGUUUACGUAGGUUGCUGAUUCAAUUAUCGAACAUUACGAGUAAAAUAUAUUGUAUUGGAUACACAUUUUUAAUGAAACAAUUGCAGAAAAAAAACAACAAAUAGUGGAUAAUUUUAACAAACUCGUGUUUUGGUAAUUUUGGCGUCUUUUUUAUUUAUUUUUUUCUUGUGUGUUUAUUCUUCACAUCUGCUCACUAGACCCUUCAAUUAAGACGUGUUUGAAGAAUGAAAAAAUCACCUAUCAACGUUCUGUUCAACGCUAAGUUCAAAGUUUUAGAAGUUGACGCCUGGUUAAACUAAAAGGAGUCAGGAGCGUUUAAAAUAAUCUACGUAAAACGUUAGUUCCUUGAAAGUGUGUGGAAUAAUAAGUGCUUAUUCUGUACUCACCGGAAAGUUUUCUACGAUCGUAGAUUUGUAAAGAAGCUUUAAAAUUUCA